AUGACAAAAGAUUAUCAAGAUAGCAAAUCAUGUCGUCAAGAAGUGAUGUAUACGAAAGAUUCGCUGAAGAAACGAUUUAUUCCCGUCUAUGUAAAACGAGAUUUUGUGGCUAGUGGUUGGUUAGGUGUACGCAUUGUCGGUCCACAAUACAUUCGUUUUGGCAAAAAAUCUUUUGAAGCAACGAUCAAAGAUCUUGUAAAACUUAUUUUUGAAGAUAAGAGCGAGAAAAGCUCAAAACACAAGGAUUCUACAAUGUCCGUAACUGUCCCUCCUGUUGCAAUCAAGCCCAAUGAGAAUGACAAGUCGAAUGAAGAAUCGCCAAAAGAUGAUCAUGAUAUUUCUAAUCAAUCCAAUUGCGAGAUAACGCCAGUACUUGUACCUAAUCCUAAACCAAUUGACGAAUGGAACUCGAAAGAUAUCACCGAUUGGUUUGAUGCCAAUAAAGUUCGUUAUGAACUAAAAGAAAUGUAUGAUUUUCAAUGUGGUACCGAACUACUUCUCUAUGGACAGUGCCUUCGACCAGAUUGGCAAUCUGAGUACGUCGAUAUAGGAGAAAAAGAAAAUCAAUGGUAA